GUAAGACGUGACAGCAGAUCUAGAAAAGGCUUCCCUCGCCGGAGGUCAUUGUACUCAAGAAACUCGGGCGUACCAAUUUCAAUCCCUAAACAGCAACACACCGAUUGGUCAGCCUUGAACCCAUUACAACGCUGGCAAAAUAGCCCACCUGAGAACGAACCAGCAUCAUUAUCUGCUAUCAACCACGCAGUAGCUUCGACCGAUCUCGAUCGCCAUCUCACUGUGAGCUCUGCAAACAGUAGUAGAGUCAGCACACCAGGCAUCGAAACUCAAGGCUUUGGCUACGCCGCCCGUCGAACAUCAAGGCCUGCUUCGAUAAGCAGUCUCGAAAGUGGUACCUCAAAUGGCUCGAUGGACUCUAUAUUAUCAGGUCGAUCGGGUAACUCUCGUAUUUCUACAAGCUCGAAUCAUCGUAACAAUGCUCGUGGUAAAGUCACCAAAUCUCGAGCACGACCAGGAACUGGUAAUGAUGACCGGCCUUUUCAAUGCACGUUCUGCUGUGACACAUUCAAGAACAAGUUUGAUUGGUGUCGUCAUGAGAAAUCAUUACACCUGAAUCCUGAGCAAUGGGUUUGCACCCCUGAUGGCGAGACAGUCACUUGCCCAUCAUCAGGCGGUGUUCUUUGCGCUUAUUGCUUAAUUCCUCAACCAAGCAAAGAACACUUAGAAAGCCACAAUUCUACUGCUUGUGCAUACAAGAGUAUAGAGUCAAGAAGCUUCAAGCGAAAGGAUCAUCUCAUACAACAUCUCAGGUUGGUUCACAAGGUUGAUACCAUUCCAACGAUUGGAGAAUGGAAGCCUCCGGAGCUCCCCAUUAAAUCUCGCUGUGGAUUCUGCAGCACCGAGUUGAGCGAGUGGAAAGCCCGAGCUGAUCACCUGAGCAAGCAUUUCCGAGAAGGAAAGAAGAUGGUGGAUUGGAGAGGGACUCAUGGCUUCGAACCACACGUCGCUCAACAAGUUACAAACUCGAUGCCUCCUUUUCUAAUUGGCUCCGAGUCAAAGACGCCGGUUCCAUUCUCUGCAACUAAGCCUGGACAUUCGGAACUUCUUGCGCAAAUUUCCUCAAGAGCUGCACUGAGAGAUGCAGCAAACAAUGGCAACAACAUCGUGGCAGAUCCAUCACCUUCGCCUGACAAUCGUCCAGUCGAGAACAACCAGCAAUUCAAGACAGCUUGGGAGAUCCUGACCUUUCAUCUUGGUCGUUUUGCUCAGGAGAAAAUGAAGGCUGGCAUCGUGCCUACAGAUGAGAUGUUUCAGCAAGAAUCUCGCCGGCUGUGGUUUGACAGCGACGAUCCUUGGAACCAGACGUUCGCUGACGACACGCAAUGGAUGGAAAUUUUCCGACAAGAACAUGGU